GCCGGCCCCUCCGCAAACAGCUGCGGAGGUCGCGCGAGUCUGAGUAUGCAAAGUGCCAUGUUCCUGGCUGUCCAGCACGACUGCGUACCCAUGGACAAGAGCGCAGGCAACGGCCCCAAGGUCGAGGAGAAGCGGGAGAAAAUGAAGCGGACGCUCUUAAAGGAUUGGAAGACCCGUUUGAGCUACUUCUUGCAAAAUUCCUCCACUCCUGGGAAACCCAAAACUGGCAAGAAAAGCAAACAGCAAACUUUUAUCAAGCCUUCUCCUGAGGAAGCUCAGCUCUGGGCAGAAGCAUUUGAUGAACUGCUGGCCAGUAAAUAUGGGCUUGCUGCAUUCAGGGCAUUUUUAAAAUCUGAGUUCUGUGAAGAAAACAUUGAAUUCUGGUUGGCUUGUGAAGAUUUCAAAAAAACCAAAUCACCCCAAAAACUCUCCUCAAAAGCAAGAAAAAUAUACACCGACUUCAUAGAAAAGGAAGCUCCCAAGGAGAUAAACAUAGACUUUCAAACAAAAACUCUGAUUGCCCAAAAUAUCCAAGAGGCUACGAGUGGCUGCUUUACAACAGCUCAGAGGAGGGUUUACAGCUUGAUGGAGAACAAUUCUUAUCCCCGUUUCCUGGAGUCAGAAUUCUACCAGGACUUGUGUAAAAAGCCACAGAUCACCAUGGAGCCCCAUGCUACAUGAGACAAGGAGCCCCAACAAAGGACAUUUCAUUCUGUCUCCCAAGAGGAAAGGCUGUGACCCUGCCAAAAGACUGACCUCGAAUUCAGCCUGAGUGUUAGGAAAACAUCGCUCAGAACUAUUGAUUCAAAGUUCGGUAGUGAAUCAGGAAGCCAGCAACCUAGGAGAAGCUCUGUGUGAGAACAGCUUCCCUUGCUGUGUGAAGAACAGAGGAAGGGAACAGUGUUCUGAAUGUGCUGUCCCUAACUGGGAAAAAGCAAGGGUGGGAGGUGAAAGAUACAAUGGAAUGUUGUUGGUCCAAACAUUUAAAAUCAAUAGGUCUGGGAUUAUGUGGCCUUAGCUAGCUGGCUGUAGACCCUCCCCUAAUCCAGUCCAUGUUUUAGUUCUAGUUUUAAUAUUCCAGUACUAUUAACAUUAACAUGUUUACUGUGUGCAAGGGUGUUGAAGUUCUUAGGACUACAGAUCAUUAGUGAAUUGUGUCCUGUAUCACUGAAACUGAGAAGUAUGUUUGCAUUGUUAGCUGGUGUGUGCGAGGGAAUGAGUGCUGUUCUGUAGAAAACCAGUGUCUGUUCUGAGUGCCAAAACUGUCUUGUGGGCAGCUAAACUUUGAAGCGGUUUUUGAAUACUUUCAAUAAAUUUAUUUUGAUAAAUAAUGUCAUUGAACA